AAGACGGAAUUAUUAAAGCGGCGCACAUGUGAAAAUCGUUUGAGCAUGGCGUCGACUCACUUGUGCAAAUUGCACAGUCUACUAACGCGGUUUUCUACCGGCAACACACUACGACAUGUUCAAACAUGUUUGGUGCCAGUACGACAGAAGUCCAGUGUCCGUGGUCCUUCACUUGAGGGGCCAAACUGUAACGUGGAAAUCGGCGUGACGUCAGAUGGGAAAACCGUGGUGUGCUACCAUCCCACUGUCGACAUUCCUUAUGAGUUUACACAACCUAUAGAACGACCUGACCCCAUCACCAACCCGGUUGAGACCCACGACCAGGUUUUAAAGGCCCACCUCAGCAAGGAGGUGCUGCAGGACAAAGAGGGACCCACUAUAGAAGAGCUGAGCAAGAUGUUUUUCACAACUAAACAUCGGUGGUAUCCAAGAGGACAGUACCACAUGAGACGCAUUAAGAAGGAUCCUCCAAAGGACAGAUAGUUGAAGGACAGAAUUGCCAAGCUGCAAAUGUUUGUGUUAUUGUCACAAUGAUGUAUAAUAAACUGUUAAAUAUUGA